GCCCAUGCCCAUGAGAUAUUAUUGAUCACUGCACAAUGAAUCUCUUCUCCUAUAUAAAUAUGUGACUUGCAAAAAUAAGUAUAGGACUCAGCCUAAUACUCAAGUUUUUAUUACACUACUUUGUGCUAUAGCUUUCUUUCCAAGCAUGAUCACAGGCAACAGGAAUGUAAUGGCUUCUCUACUGCUACUAUUUGCUCUGUUUACAGUAAAUCUUCGCUUGACAAGUGCUCAAAUAGGUGUUUGUUAUGGCAUGAUGGGAAAUAAUCUACCAUCACAACGUGAAGCAAUAGAUCUUUGCAAAUCAAACAACAUCAAAAGAAUGAGGCUAUAUGAUCCAAACCAAGCUGCUCUUGAAGCACUUAGAAAUUCUGGCAUUGAGCUUAUGUUAGGUGUGCCAAAUUCUGAUCUUCAAAACAUUGCUACCAACAAUGACAUUGCAAUUCAAUGGGUACAAAAAAAUGUACUAAACUUCUACCCUAGUGUCAAAAUCAAAUACAUCGCGGUUGGUAAUGAAGUUAACCCAGUUGGUGGCUCUUCUCAAUUCGCAAAAUUUGUUCUUCCGGCAAUCCAAAACAUAUAUCAAGCAAUAAGAGCGAAAAAUCUGCACGAUCAAAUCAAGGUUUCAACGGCUAUUGACAUGACCAUGAUAGGAACUUCGUACCCGCCGUCUAAAGGUUCAUUUAGAAGCGAUGUGAGGUCAUAUUUGGAUCCAAUUAUAGGCUACUUAGUAUAUGCAAAUGCACCUUUAUUUGCAAAUAUUUACUCUUAUUUUAGCUAUAAAGAUAACCCAAAAGACAUCUCACUUCAAUAUGCUUUAUUCACUUCUCCUAAUGUUGUGGUUUGGGAUGGUUCAAGGGGAUACCAAAAUCUAUUUGAUGCUUUGUUGGAUUCAUUACAUGCUGCAAUUGAUAAUACUGGAAUUGGUUUUGUUAAGGUUGUUGUGUCUGAGAGUGGUUGGCCUUCAGAUGGUGGAUUUGCAACUACUUAUGAUAAUGCAAGAGUUUAUCUUGAUAAUUUGAUUAGGCAUGUUAAAGGUGGGACACCAAUGAGGUCUGGACCUAUUGAGACUUAUAUAUUUGGAUUGUUUGAUGAGAAUCAGAAGAAUCCUGAGUUAGAGAAACAUUUUGGAGUGUUUUAUCCUAAUAAACAGAAAAAGUAUCCAUUUGGAUUUCAGGGGAAAAUUGAUGGUACUAAUUUGUUUAAUGUGUCUUUUCCUCUUAAGAGUGACAUUUAAUUUUGUUUUAAGAAAGGGUGACACUUAAUUAUAUAAUUAAGGUUGCUCUCUUUAUGUAUAUCUGAAAUAAAAUGGUUGUCUUGUUUUGAUCUUGUAACCACAACUCAUAUAAUAUAUCUCCACCACAUAAUUGUCA